CUCCGGGUUCUCCGGGUUCUUUGGCUUCUCCGGUUUUUUGCUGGGGUUCUCGAGAUCUCCGGGGGUUCUCCAGGGGUUCUCGGGGGGUUCUUUGGGGGUUAUUUGGAGAACCCGCCCGUGCGUAUAGCGCCCCUGAAUGACUGCUCGUGUCGGCAACCCUCAAUAGGAGCUCCCCAGUUUUACAAGCAGCGGUCAUCACUGGGGCGGCUGUUGCAGACCCAUCGCGGUUCACCAGGAGGCGUGCAUGCCCUUCUACAUCCUCUCGAGCACCAUGGGCGCCGAGGAGGCCUCCGCGAAGAUCGCCGCGCUGCUGCCGGGCCUGGCCGACGGCUUCGCCGCGGGCAGCCCGCGCCUGAAGAUCGGCCCCGUCGCCGGCGCAGCGGCCGCCGUGGCGGGCCGCGCGCCCGCGGGGGCGAAGCUGCACCUGUUCGCGCGCCCAGACGUGGCGGGGGAGCUGAGGGAGCAGGACGGGGCGGGCCUGUGGGCCAUCCACGAGGCGGCCUCCGAGGAGGGCCUGCGGGAGAUGACGGAGACACUGAUAUGGGGCCUGUACAUGAGGGGGGUGAUGGACGGCUGCUCUGACGAGGUCGACCCGGUCACCGGGAAGCUCACGGCGAAUUGAGGGCGUCCGCUUUCGGCAACGCGGUUCGGUCGACCCCCCCAAAAAGAUCGUCGCCG